AUGACGUCAGACGUUAAUGUAUCGGUUCCCUGGCAACGAGUUGAUGCUAUGGGCCCGAGGCGGCUGCUGCUCCCGCUCUUGCUAUUACUGCAGCCGCGGUGGGGGGCUGGGACCCCAAGCCCGACCGCGGGGGGCAGCCCCAGCAGCCCCGCGCGCCCCAGCCCGACCGCGGGGAUCGGCCCCGGCCCCCGCAGCCCGACCGCGGGGAUCGGCCCCGGCAGCCGCGCGCCCCCCAGCCCGACCGCGGGGAUCGGUCCCAGCAGCCGCGCGCCCCCCAGCCCGACCGCGGGGUUCGGCUCCGGCCCUGCCACCGACCCUGUUAGCCUCGGCAUGACUCCGGGGGGAAGUUCAGGCCCCGGACCCACCAGCCCAGAGGGAGGCAGCUCCGCGGAGCCGGAGCCCAGCGCGUCUCCAGGAGUCCAGGGAGACCCAUCCGCUCCCAAAGCUUGUUUGCCCACCUGUAUCUGCAACCUGCAUUCUGGAUCCUGUGACAUAAACUGCUGCUGUGAUACUGACUGUAACCUUGGCUGUGAUCUGGGGGACUCAAGGGCUGCCUUCUCCUUCUGUCUUCCAGGCAGCACCAGAACUGUGAGUCAAGUGUGCGUGGAGAAGUCUCUUAUUUUCAGAAAUAACACCCCUCAUCACACUGAAAUCGUCACUGACCCCAGCGGAUAUGAGUCUCUGUUCUGUGUGCGUCUGAGUGAUUCAAAGUUGAACUAUUUCCAGGAGCCGCAAAAAGUUAAAAAAUCAGAUUUCUCGGUGUUCUUGGCACAGUAUGGUGGACCAUCAUUCAUUCCACCAUCACAAGACCAGCCAUCUUCCUCUGCAUUUUACCGGGCUGGUGAUCCAAUCCAGACCUACUUUGCUGCAUCAUCUGUACUGAGCACACUAAGACAGCCAGUGGGAAUGGGUGCCGAUGGACUUUGUAUUGAUGGGAAUCCUGCUGGUUUCCUGCAGAGUAAAAGCACAAGCUGUACUCGGACCUUCACCAACCUGAGCAGCAGCUGCACCACUGAUCCUACCCUGGACGCAGCCUCAUAUUACCGUGACUUCACUAUACUAAAGGUCCCAGUUAAUAUGACCGUUGUCCAGCUCAUGCAGGUGAGAAUCACCCCUGUCACACAGCCUGGAGCUCCCCAGAUGGAUGGCAACACCUGUCACAAUGUUGUUUCUGAGGUGAUCUAUGAAAUAGAGUUCAAUGGGACCCAUGGAAUCCAGAAUGUCUCUGUCCAGCUUAAAGUGACCAGUGUCUCUGGGAACUCUCUGCAGCAGCGGUUCACACUUCAGUUCUGGCAGAGCAGGACCCCUUCGUAUACCUUGCCAAGAAGUGGAAACCCUGGCUAUAUCAUUGGGGCACCACUCUUGUCUCUAAACAGUGGUGCCAGGCAGCAAGUGACUAUCUUACAGAGCCAGGGUGAUGGAAUAUGCUCUCAGACUCUCAGGUACAAGGUACAGUUUGGAAUGAAUGUGAGGACAAGCUGCCAGCUCAGGACUCAGACUGCCAAAGAUGUGUUCUGUCUCAUUUCCAGCAUAUCCCAAACAAUGGAGGAUGGAAACUGUAGCUACUUUCAGGAGAAGCUGUACCAGGCCCUCCAAGGGGUGAGCAGCCCACAGGCUCUGGCCAUAAUUGGCAGUGCUGAGCCAACCCAGACAGAUCAGUGGACCAGCAUCAUUAUCCGGAACUGCAGCAUGCAGGCUGGGAAUUGUGCCUCCUGCUGUAUGGUUCCUGUGUCCUUGAAGAUCCAGGUAUUGUGGGCUGAGGUGGGCCUCCAGUCCAACCCACAAAGUCAAGUGCUGGGAGCACGGUAUUGGUAUCAGUGUCAGUCUCUGAAGUCCCUCAGCAUGACCAUGGUGCCUUUGACAACCGUUGUUGCCUUCACUGACAUGACAGAAUGGCCAGAGCCUCCACGUAGCCAGCCCAGCACAUAUUGGAAACUCCCAUUUGACUUCUUUUUCCCCUUCAAGGUUGCAUUGAAUGGGGGGAUAAGCUGUCAAGGAGACCUGGCUGGUGCUUUCCUGAUGUCUCUCACAUUCUGCAGCAUUCUCAGUUUCUGA